AUGUUCGCAACCUCUGGGGAUUUCGAUCAAACUUUGGCUGAAAUCUUUGGUUACAUCAAUGCCAACUUGAUCAUACUGCUGGUUGGAUCUGUCCUUUAUGAAAUUUGGAAAAAUAUUAACUAUGGCAACGUCGACAACGAUCAUUCUGUGAAGUAUGAAGAGAACGAAAGUUUAAAAAGCUGCUACUCAUUGGAGGAGCAAGGUACAUCGCAUGUCAGCAGUGAAAGUUGUGGUUUGUUAGAACCUCAAGAAUACUUACAGGCAGACACGUUACUCGCGGAUUCAUUCGUCGAUACCGUAAACAAAUCACAAAUGAACUGCUUUGUCGAAAAUCACAUUCCAUCGAUAACUAAGUCAAGAGCCAUAAUAAGUUUACCAAAUUCUCAAUUAGAUAUAAAAAAUAUUUUAGACAAAAAUGAAAACGAGUCUAUCGGUUUUAGAAGUAAGAAUGAUGAUCAAAAUAAUGAGAAAUGGAAUGUGGCAUUAGAAAACAGCUACAUUUCAAUUAAAAUGAAACCGAAACGCCGAGAAGCAAGUGCCAAUUAUGAAAAAGAAAACAAAAUAUCAAGUUUAGAUUUAGCCAAACAUUCAACAAAACGUUUCAAAUCUUAUUUAAUGAAAGGGUAUUUAAAAACAUUAGAACUUAACGCCAAUAGGAAUAAUUUCAACGAUGAUAACAUUUCCAAUCUACUCAUUGAUAUGAAUAAAGUAUCUGAUGAACGUUUUGGUCAGAAUUCUCUUAAUAGUGAAAAUGUGCAAGUUUAUCAAAACAGUAUUCUUUCUAAAUCAGUCCAGGAAUCCAGAAUUGAACACGUAUGUUCCAACAAUCCUCAUGACGUGUUCGUAUCAAACAUAACAAGUAAUGAAGAGAAUAAUUUUUGUGAAAAUGAGAACAUAGAACCGCAUCAGCAAAAUGUACCUGUCACAUUUUCUGAAAGUGGGUCCGUCCCGCUUGGCUCCGGUGAAAGAGAUAAUGGCCAAAAAGAAAAUCUCAACAUCCAUUUGAAAGAAAAUAGGACAGAAUUUGGCAGUGGAAAUUUUCCACCUACCUUCAAACAACUUUCACGUUUAAUAACGGUAGGAGCAAAACGUGAGAGUUUAAUUAAUGAGGACGAAUAUUUGACAAUUAAACGUUUUGCUAACCUGAAUAGUUUUCAUAAAUUUAUUCAAAAAUAUGAGCCUAAUUGUGAACAGCAGACAGAUGCAUAUUGUGCUUUUUUAAACAUGCCUCAGGUUGCCAACAGUUGUAAAUCUUUAAAGAUUGGCAAAUCCUUUUCAGACUUAUACUCCACUAAUUACACUAGUUCGAUGUCUCUUUCUGAGAACACUUUGAAAAAUUGCAACUUUUAUUGCAAGCCUGAAUUUUGUACAACUCCCGUAAUUAACAAUGUCGGAUCAGAUCUUUACAUCAGGUCACUAAAUAAUAGUUACAAAUCUUCAAAUCCUACCGUGCAGUUAUGUUCAAAAACUUUUUCAUCACCAGUACUACCUUUGUUGCCUUUUGAAGGAAAUGCCAAAAUUUCUAACAAAUUUAAUUUUCAAAACAUUUUAAACAAAAAAUCAAAUUCGAAAUUUUUGCCAAAAAUAAGCAAACCUCUACCUAACUAUUUUAGUAAAAUAAAUCCGGAUAAACAUUUGAUUUCAGAGAAAUCAACUUUCGACAAGUUACAUAAUUCUUUUCCAAUGCAAAAAAGCUUAAAAACAAAUUUUCUAUCGGACUUUAAAGAAUCUUUGGACAACGAUUUUAACGUGUUAAAUAAAUGUAAUUUUGCUUGUUUGAACCAAUUUAAAUCAUGCAUUGAAAAACUUUCGAAUAAUUCGGAGGCCGAAACCACCGUUAAACCCGUGGAGGAAUACACCCGAGUAAAUGUUCCGGUUUUCAAAGAGUUAGCUGAUGGAAACGUGAAUAAAAUAAAAAAGAUUUUCUACGCCAGUGGUUGGGCCAAUCAAACUGAUCUGUCGAUGUUUAACGUUGCGGAUGAUAGCACUGGAGAUCAGUACGACGGCCUUGCAAACAUGGCAGGCAUGUGCCAAGCAAAUUCAAACAUUGAACCUGCGUAUGCAUACAGAGACGACAAAAUUUUUGCAUCAAAAUCUGGCACCAUUAUUCAUAAAAAAAUAGCUGAUGAUAACUCAAACGAUAAUUUUGGAAGUUUUUUGAUAAUUAAUGAGAUUUCGAAUUUAUCAAAUAAGUUAGAUAAGUUCACAACUGACGAUGGCGCAAACGCAAAACAUGUCUCUCUGAACAAUAACGCACCACCUUUCUUCUGCAAGAGGAAGAAAAAAGAUAGAAAUGACAAAAACACAAUAAUAAAUUAUAAUGAUAACAGAAUGAUACAAACGGACUUAUUGGAAGAACAACUGGACGUUAACCAUCAAUUCAUUCCCGUCGAAAACACUGCAAUAGAUCCCUGGUUAUUUGACGCACAUAACCAUAACGACGACGAUGAUAGUUUUAUUUCUAGUAUAAGAAAAAUGCUUUCAGACAAACAUAAGAAACAAAAAUCUGUAACUUUUACAAAAAAACUCAAAACACACAAAAGUAACAAAAAUGUACAUUUUAAAUCAACGUCUAGCAUUGGCAGUUCCAUCAGCAAAACUUCAAAUUCGAACGAUGACUUCUCUUCAUCAAGAAAAAGAUCCGACGUAACUAAAAGCAGUUCAUCUGAUGGACAAAAACUAUGCGUCAAAAAAAUGGCAACUUUUUGUCAGCAUGAAAACGUUGAAAAUUUGACUCGUUCAAAAAACAAGAAAAUCGGAUUGAACAAACUUAAAUUUUUAUUCAAAUGGAAAAAUAAGUUGGCACCCAAAAUUAAAAAUUCGAAAAAACAUUACUCAAAUAUUGAGUUGAAUUCAUGCAAUUGUCACCAACUUGAGUAUAACAAUAAUUUUUGUGAAUCAAAUAUUUGUAAUUCGAAUUCAUUGUUCGAUAAAAAUUGCUCAAAUAAAACUGAAAUGCGCCUGUUGAUUUCUGGUGGAAAUAAAAGAAGUUUGACCAGGUCUAAUAACAACGGGAACGAUAAUAAUGGCUAUCUGCAAAAACUUUCUACCAAAACUUCUUAUAAGAAAAAAGUUUCUAAAUUACAAUCAAUCACAAAAGGAUCUAAAUCUGUGGAGAAGACGGUUGUUGAAACGAGUGAUAUCUCCUCGGUUGAGAAAGUGGACACCAAAUCACUCCUUUCUUUCCAAACGACAACUUCUGCAUGGACUGCUGAAAGUUCGUCCGCAGUUAUUAGUACACGUUCAAGUGACAAAGAAAAAAUAGGUAACAAAGGCAGUUCAAGUGACAAAGAAAAAAUAGGUAACAAAGGCAAGCAUCACAGUAGAAUUGACAAUAAAAAAUUUAACCAGCAAGUAAGUAAAAACGCCUCAAAACGCAAACCAAUAACGGCCGAUCAGCAUGAUGGCGUUAGUGAUGUCUUGUCGUUUGAAACUUAUUCAAAACUAAGUUCAUAUGAAUCAUUGGUUUCUUAUGAAUCAAAUAAAUUGAUAGAUUUUAGUUUCACAAAUAAAACAUCUGUCUCAUCAGACUUGACUUUUAAGGAUGGAGACUCAUCGAAAUUUGGCAGCGUAACUCCAAACGGUAACGCGUUUACACAUUCUCAAAGCCUUAUAAAUUCAGAUUGCUAUAGAAACAAAAUUGAAACAGACGAAAAGAAAAAAGCAGCUCAAACUUCGUCACACUAUUUCACAGUUAUGAAAAAUAAUAAAAGGAAAUCAUCAAUAAAGCUUGUUAGCAUCAACAUACCUAAUUCAGUAGAAGACAGCAAAAAUCUUCCAGCUAUGAUUGGCAAUUAUAAUACAAAAUCGUUUAAUAAACGGAAUGCUGAUAAAGAAAUUACUCUGAACAGUAUUUCUUCCAUAACGUCAACGCGAAAGGACUUGAAAAUGAGUCAACCGGUUCGUGAUGUCGUCAUAAAAACUAAGCACUCUUCAGUUAUUCAAUUAGAUUCGCAACGUGAUGGAAAAAGUGUUGACGUUUGUAAAGUCUGCGAUUUAAAAUCUGCCAUGAAGCGCAUAACGAAUGCUAAUGUACUUUCCACCGAAACUUCCAAACGUUCAAUAAAUAAACUGUUCGCAAAAUCUGACGCUAACUCAUACGUUCAAUUAAAUUCCUAUGAAGACUCCGCUAAGAAAAGUAACAAAAGAAAUGAUAAGUUUGAAAACGAGCACGCUAAUAUGAAAUAUGUGAACAAAUCAACUAGCCAGACUAGAAAUCUUAAAACUUCAUCAAGUGGAUAUUCUGUCAGAAUAAAAUAUCAACAGCACUUACAACAGGAACCCAAAAGUGAAACCUCAACAGAUUUACAAAAUAUUGCAGGUAAUGUUACAGUAAUGGGUCCAGACAAUAAUCUGCAGAGUGAAUUGAAAUCUGGAUGUCAAGUGGAGAUAGAUUCGUCGAUAGAAAAAGUUUCCGAAGAAACAACGGAGGAAGAAGAAUUUGUUAAAACGACUUCUUUUUUAUCCAACACAAAUUUGGGUAGGAAACUUUCGAGUCUUGAUGAAAAAAACAUUGCCAACGAGGGUGGAGCAAUUAAAUCGAGCUGUUCGUUUGUUUGCUCAAAUGAAGUUGCAAUACAUAAUGAUAGCGGACGAACUAGCAAAACCGUAUUAAAAAAAGAUAAAAUUUUGGAAACAAUGACUUCAAAUAUGACAAAUAGUCUAAAAAAUGAUAGUGAGUCUGUUGAUAAUGUUCUUUCUAAAGUAACACCUGUCGUAACUGGUAGAAGUGAAAAUGAUAAAACUACAAAUUGUAACAUCAUUCCUGAUGAGCAGCUGUUUCAACGUUCUGUUUCCGUAUGUGAAUCAAAAUGCAACAGAGAUGCCAAUGCAGCUGGUGAAAAAUGUGAAAAACCUUGCCCGAAGAAUGGAAAUUUCUGCUAUUUAAACGAACAAGGACAAUUGAAAAUUUUAAAUGAAAUUUCGUUAAAUAAUUCGUGCGAAAAUGAUUCAACAUUUACAAAUUUUUCUUAUUUUGUUUCAAACACAAAUGACUCAACAUCUAAGACAUCUUUGGUUGGUUUUGCGAACAAAGUUAAUAUCGAUGACUCUGUGGAUCGGAAAACGGAUAGCAUUAAUUCUAACAAACGCAGCUAUGUAGAUGAUAAUAAAGCCCAACAGACUCCACUGACAUUAAACAUUUUUUUAUCUGAGGAAAAAAAAUCGCCGGUUGAAAAUAUUUCUUCGGUUUUGAAACAGUCUAAAUCGAAUGAACAAAUUAUGAACCCAUCAUUAGGCGGUGUUUCCGACUGUGCGGCCAUCAACGAUUUUGUUCAGCCAAUAACGGAUACAUUCUCAAAUGUACAAAUUCACGCAGAAAAACUUUCUAUGAACACAACUAAACAAACUACUGUAAACUCGUUAUGUAAAAAUGAUAGCAAUUUUGAGAAUUUUACAGCACCAGCUGUUAAUCGUUUUACUUUGUUAAAAUCUCAAUCACAGCUAGCUUUUAGCAAUUCGAUUAAACCUGAUAGUUUGAAUAAAUCAAAAAAUGAUAGCGAGUUUUUGAUUGAAUUAGUUGAAGCUGAUUUAGCUGCAAAUUCAAGUUUCAGUGACUCACGUAGUAAGGUAUGUAAUAACGACGUUAACGUAAAAUAUGAGUCAACAUUUAAUCUUGUAACAUCUUCUGAAGGCGGUACGCUAUCUGACGGUUUGACUAAAACUAGCUUCGAAUCAGGACUUAAUCUAGCAGAAUCUGUGACAUCUUUUAAAAGAUUUGUUAUGUCUGCAAUAAAGAAAUCAAUAAAUGAUUCAUUAAUCACGACGUAUCGAAAUGAUAAUUUGAAGCUGUUAUCAAAAUUAUUAUCAACAAAUGCCAGAAACAUGUCAAGUUCAUCUUAUGAUAGUCAUACAUCAGAAGUUUUUAGUUCACAUAAUAAUUUAAAAUCAUAUUUAGCUGUAGAAAAUAAUGCGUUAGGCAACAGAUCUCUUUCGGCUACAAUUAACCAGAAUAAUUCAAAAGAAUCAUUAAUUAAUAUGGUGAAUUUGUUAAAGUCAAAGUUAAAAAUUGAAAAAAGCCAAGUGGAAUGUUUCAAUACUAGAAAAUUAAAUACUUAUUCGAGAAAGUCAUUAAAAUCUAAACAAACUGAAAUGUCUGAAAAUUAUUCGAAAAAGGUUGAAAAAUUGGACAGUAAAACUGGGGAAAAAGGAAAACAAAGUAAAGAUCAAAAGAUAAACGAGUGUACAACGAGUUACCAGGCAUGUAUUAAAAAGAAGCCUCAUAAAAAGUAUAGUUCACACUGCAAACCGGAUUGGAUGAGCAAUAUUUUUCAAUGUAAUCGAUAUAGAAGAACUACUAAGUCGGUACAAAUUGCUUCAAAACGAAACAAACCAUUUAUCAGAUAUAAUCGUAGUCUAACAAAACGAUCAGAAAGAGCAAAUAGUGUUUGCUUCAUGAAACCAAGCAUGUCUAUCAAAAAAGUUCCGCUGUCCAGCAGAAAGUGUAGCCAAUUGAGAAAUUUGGAAAAAUGUUUAUACGAGGCAUUGAAAACAAAUAGAACUUUUAGCAACCGAGAUGAUCUCACUAACCAAACCAUCACAAGUCGAUGUUCCGAAAUUAAGUCGCAACUUUUUCUUAACGAUGUAUCGACUCUUUUUCUUAAAGAAACAAACUCGCAAAAUAAAUUUUCAUCGAAAAUCGAAUUGUUCAGUUUUAAUCCAUCAAAAAGCAAAACUGAACUACAAAAGUUAUCCUCCAAUGAAGUGUCAAACUCGGUCAAUAAAAAGGUUUUAAAAAAAUCUGCUAUGUUUACUGCCACUUUUCAAAAUGAAUCCACGAAACAGACAGAGGAUUUGCAAAACAAAAAUUUGUCCUUAGCAACUUUUGACUCAUCUCAGAAAAUUGAAAAAUAUGCUCAAAUAUGUGAACCUAAAAAAUUUAAUUCUAAACGUCAGUUAAUGCGUGAAAUUGAAAGAAAAAUUGAAAAUUAUAAAAAAGUUUUGAGCUCAAUAAAAAAAGAUGCUAUGUCGGUGAGGCAUGUAAAUUGUAUCGUCAACGAAUUAGGACCCUCUUUGUCAAAACAACUCUUACCAGUCCCUUGUCUUGUCAUGAAGCCUAGAAAGAAAACUUAUGAUAAAUUGGAUAAAUCAAGUAAUCAGAAGAGUAUAUUGAAAACAAAAAGUUAUCAAAAUAUUUAUAGAAAAACUUUCAAGUCGCAAUCCGAAACUAAACUGAUUUGCAGUGUAUUGCCGCGCAAAAAGAUUGUAGACAAAUUAUGCGUCAAGCAAACAGUUAGUGCACACCGUAGAGAAGAACCUUCUGAAAAAUUGUACAAAAGUUAUCACCUGAGUUCCGAAAGGGAAAUAGAAAACAAACAUGCAAGAGCAAAUUCUCUUAAAUUUAAAAAAUAUGUACCCCGACAAUGCACAAAAUUUGGCAGAAAUAUGGGUCCACUAAUGAUAACAAAAGUUCCAUUUUGUUCAGGCACCUUUAAACUUUUAACCAAUGGUGAGGAGAGGUUGAAUAUUUCUAAAGACUCGGAAUUUUUCAAUAAAAACGAUCAAUUAGGCCAGAAAUGUUUUUUUGACAAAAAUAAAUUUAUAUUAAAAAACAAAUCAAAUCAUUCAAAAAAGACGAUUAAUAAUAAUACUUCGAAGAUUCAGGCCGAUAAAUAUCUGCACUCAACUGCAAAAGGUCAAGCCAAAAAGCGUUCUUCGAAUGGAAAAUGUUUUGAUGUUGACAACAGUCGAAACCAACCCAUCGAUAUUGUUAAAGAUUCUAUGGAAUUUAUGGAAUUAAACUUGGCUAAUAUUUAUAAGAGCAUCAUUUCGAGAGCUGAUUGCGGUAGAAAUAAAAAAAUAAAUAAUUCAGCUUUAUUAGAUAUUUCUGAUGAUGUUAGUAAGAUGGUCGAACUAGGAGAUAGAACCCCAUCGUUAAGAUCACUAGCUCCUUCGCUACGUGAUGUCAGACAGUUGGUUGAACUAAAAGAUAGAACCCUCCCACCGUCGUCUUCUUUGCUACGUAUAACUAAUCCAAAUGAGAUAAAACGCGAGAAAAUUCUGCAACAGUCAAAAUUAGACGUAGACGAAAAACUAUGUGAACAAAAUUUGCAAGAUGGGGCGGUAUUUCCGUCAAAAACUAGUUCAACAAAAGUUAAAAAUAAACGUAGGAGUGGAAGGAAAAAAAAUGUUUUGAAAGAAAAUCAUGAAGAAAAUUUUUAUAACGAAAAUGCUAAACAAACAUUAAUUGAAUUUGACCAGUAUAUACCUUCUACAGAACUAGAACAUUUACAAAAAAGAAAACACAAAAAAUGUAAAAAAUCUCAUAAAACUGAAUCUAAAAAAUCAUUGACUUGCCAGAAACCUUUAAUAGAAACAAAUAAUUCUACAUCAGAACAAGUUGAAUGUUUAAAAAAAACUAAGAAGAAAGAAGCAAAACGCCAAAAACAGAAGAGAAUUAAAACUCCUCCUCCGGUUGAAGAUUCUGUUGUAAAACUUUUUGAACGCCCCAAGGAAUUUGUUACAGAACUUUUCAAUUGUGUUAGCAAUUCCCUGACAGAAAUAUCUAAUCAGUUAAGUAAUGGUAAUGAAAUUAAAACUCUGCUGGAUGAACCAAUAAUGGAAGGCCAAAAAUUCAGUUUUUGUGAAACGUCCACAGAAAAUGAGAUACCCGAAUCGAGCAAUUUGGCGGUUGUCAGAAAAAUAUCUGCCAGUAAACCAUGUAAUGACGUUAAUGCAAAAAAAACUUUGAAAACUUCGACCGAGUCAGAAAAAUUUUCGGAGGAGGUGCAGUUAGAAACAAAUAAAGGGACAAAUCAAAAUUCAAUAGGUAAUGCUAUGUUUAACAAUGAUAACAUUCUGUCGCAUAACGUAGCUUAUAAUCCUUCUAAAUAUUAUGAAGAUGAAAAAGAUAAGGCACAGCAUAUGAAUGGAAAUAAUUUCAUCAAUGAACUUUCUUUUCAAAAAUCUGCCAAAGCGAACAUCAUAAAAAGACUUUACGGUCAACAAAUCAGAGAGCAGUUAUCGCGUAACAGAGGCGGUCGGUUGAAUCUUCAAUCACGUGAACAUAAACUUGCUAACAUCUUAUCCAAGGUUAACUCGAAAAAUAACUCCAAUCAAAAUGUUCCUACACAAAGCUCUUGGGAUACUGGGAAAAAAAAGUUCAUGGAAACAAUCAGUUCAAACCAAAGCCUGAAAAAACGUUAA